AUCUCUACUGAGAGGCCGCCAAUGAUUAUGCGCGGCGGGUCCCUGUUCCCCGCUUCCGCUCUCAAGCUCCCCUACAGGCUGGUUUCCGGUCGGAGUGUCGGGAGAGUUACAACUGCCUACCAGACGGACCGCGACGUGCAGGAACGCGCGUCCAAAUUCUCGGGUUCCACCUGUUGCUCGGUGAGCACUCUGUACCGCGUCCUUGCGCAGUAAGGCUUAGCCGGCACAGCGGGGCUGCGGUUGGCUGCCGCGCGCGCGCUUGAGUCUUCUUAAAGUGGGAGACUUUAAAGUGGAAGCUGCAGAGAUUCUCAAAGAUGUCAACUCAAGGCCAUACUUGGGCCCGACAGGUGAAGAAGGAGGAUGAGGAAGAGGAUCCGCUGGACCAGCUGAUUUCCCGCUCUGGUUGUGCUGCUUCCCACUAUGCAGUACAGGAGUGCAUGGCCCAACACCAGGACUGGCGACAGUGUCAGCCACAGGUACAGGCCUUCAGGGACUGCAUGAGUGAGCAUCAGGCAAGGCGGCGGGAGGAGCUGCAGAGGAGGAAAGAGCAAGGCAGUGCUCACCACUGAGACCCCAAACCACCUAUCCCCAGAGGAUGUCCCUGAAGAAACCAGCCCAGAGAGAUCACAGGAGGAAGAAGUCCUGAACAGUGGAAGUUUGGGCCGAGAGGUGUAGAACAUGGGGAUUGUCUGGCCAAGACUGACUUUGAGAGCCAGACAGCCAUGGGUUUGGACAUGACUGCUGUAAAGAGCUGUCAUAUUUUCAUUGUGCAAUCCCACACAUCCUCACCUACCAUGUUACACCAGUAUUAAAUGUCAACUGAUAUUUGCCAAGUAAAACAAAGAGUUGGGUUAAGGGAUGCUCUCUUACCUUACAUCUUGGGUCAGUGUGCCAGGUACUGAGCCGAUUACAUGGAUGUUUAAUUUUAAAAGUAAAUUCACAAUCUAAAUGUAAACUGAUUACUUAAUCAGGUCUUCAUUUAUUGAGUAAUUGGUUCAACACAGCAAGUUUUUCUGAGACCUUCCCAUGUGCCAGGUACUGUGUGAAUGAAUAAUAUGAUCUGAUGUGAUAAAUAAUAGGAUCUCUUCUUUCAUGUUUUAGUCUGGUUUGAGAUAGAAAUAAAUAAAACAGCAUUAGAACAACUAACUACUGGCCAUUAUAUAAGUGCCUUUAUCUUUCAUUAGUUGUUCUGGACGUUUCAUUCAGUCUAAGGAAGGAAGAAAACAAAUGGGAAAAUAAACAUCGAGUGCCUCUUAUGUGCAUACAGAUAGUCUGACCUCAGCGUGCUUCCAGCCCAGGAAACACACAAUGUUGGCCUGACAUUUAAAAGGCACAUUUAACAUAAAAUACAGAUUUUCAGAUUUUAAAAACUGGAGAAGCUAUCAACAUGGAGCUUAUAUUCCUACUUGACAGUAAUUUGCUGGAGCUGAAUAUGGAUGCUUCUUUUAGGUGGUUAUGUUCUCCAAUUGUUAACAGUUGCCAUUGAUUUUCAUUUCCUUCCAUGAAACUACAUUACCCAUUCUAUUACUUUCUGCCUAGCCCUAUGAGGCAUUUGGGAGUGGGAAGGGAGUUAGAAGAGUGACUCUUGCCACAGAAGCUGGAAUGCAAAGGGGCAUAUGCUCUCAUCAUCAGUUACAUUUCUUGAGCAUCUAUAUAUUGGAAGCACAAAUGUGAAGUAUUGUAGGCCCUAAAACUACUUUGAGUCUUUGUUGGUGACUGGGGAGGAAAGAGAAGAGGGUAGAAGACAGGAGGAAUACAAGUUUAAAGAACAAUAAAAUCCAAUUAGAAUGGGAUGACUGGCAUAUAGAGAGAGAUGAAUCUCUUUGGGGUGCAUGUCUGCUCAAUGCUGAGUCAUCAGAGGGAGCAGUGUGGACUGCAGCUGUCAGCAAGAAUCUCAAGGGAGUUAGUUGAGUUGAACCUUUAAUGAUAAAGGAGACAUUACCUAUUUGUAACAUAUGUAACAGAAUACCAUCUGCACAAGUAAAAAGUACCUAGAAAUCAGUGAGAAAAAGCAAACCCAAUUGAAACAUAAAAAAGUUAAAGUGGUUAUUAGCUAUUUCUAUUGACAAAAAUUAAAAGUAUUUAUAAUGACCAGUACUGGUGAGAAUGAAGAACAGGCACAAUCACACUUAAAGGGAUAAUAAAUUAGUAAAGCUUUUGGAGGACAAUUUGAUGGGAUCUAUAAAUACUUUAAAUAUUUCAGGGGCGCCUGGGUGGCUCAGUCGGUUAAGCGUCUGACUUCGGCUCAGGUCAUGAUCUCGCGGUCCGUGAGUUUGAGCCCCGCGUCGGGCUCUGUGCUGACAGCUCGGAGCCUGGAGCCUGUUUCGGAUUCUGUGUCUCCCUCUCUCUCUGACCCUCCCCCAUUCAUGCUGUCUCUCCCUGUCUCAAAAAUAAAUAAACGUUAAAAAAAAUUUUAAA